AUGCCUGGGAACAAUAACACAGUUAUAACAGAAUUUAUUCUUCUUGGACUUUCCAGUGAGCCCAUGACACAACUUAUUCUUUUCUUUGUCUUCCUGCUUGUAUUUAUAAUCAUAUUAAUUGGAAACAUCUCCAUUAUUAUUCUAAUCCUGUCUGAUGUCAGCCUUCACACACCUAUGUAUUUCUUCCUUGGCAGCCUCUCAAUCCUGGAUCUCUGCAGCACUUUUUCCACUAUGCCGAGGAUGUUGAAAGAUUUGAUGUCAGUAAAGAAAACUAUCUCUUAUGCUGAGUGUGCAGCACAAAUGUAUAUUUUUCUCUCUUUAGGGGAAACAGAGUGUAUUCUGCUUGCUGUUAUGGCUUAUGACCGUUAUGUAGCUAUAUGUUAUCCACUACAUUAUACUACAAUCAUGAGUAAGAUGGUUUGUGUGAGACUAGCAAUUGGUACAUGGAUAUGUGGGUUUCUUCUCUCUACUUCACUUGUUACUCUUACACUCAAUGUAAAUCGUUGUGACAAUAAUGAAAUUAAUGAUUUUUUUUGCGAAGUGCCUGAAGUAUUAUCACUUGGCUGUGAAAACAUUUUGUUUAUUGAAUUUAUUAUUUUUGUUGAAAGUGUAAUUCUACUUAUGAUACCAGUGACAUUUAUUGUGAUAUCUUAUGCCAAAAUAAUUGUAUGUAUCUUAAAAAUCGCUUCUACAGCCGGGCAGCAGAAAGCUUUCUCCACCUGUGGGUCUCACAUGAUGGUUGUGGUAAUAUUUUAUGGCUCAGCAAUGGCUGCCUUCAUGAAACCUAGGUCAAGCUCUUAUACAAGUACAGACAAAUUCAUUGCUAUAUUUUAUGUAAUUAUUACACCAAUGCUGAACCCUUUGAUUUAUACUCUUAGGAAUAAUGAUGUAAAAGCAGCCUUUCUAAAGUUAAAAAUUAAAAAUGUAAGAGUACAAUUUUAG